GUCAGAACGGUUUACUGAAGGCAAAGAUGAAGUUAAACGCGGUCAAUAAGCUCUGAGUAAAAAAGAAAGUUUAUUCGAACAGCUUAGAAAGCGAAGCAAAAGUGUCCUGUUGGGACACUGAAAACUUGUAGGAAAAAGUUUUCAUUGUCUUACAUUAAAAUGGUAUUUCUCAACUGUGCCUUGCUGCUUAUAGCGGUCAUCUCAUGUAACAUUUACGAGACUAGAGCAGAGGGAUGCUCUGGGUGUGGCAAAUGUGACUGCAGUGGUGUGAAAGGGGAGAAGGGUGAAAGGGGAUUUCCAGGACUGCAAGGUAAUAUGGGGUUUCCUGGAAUGCAAGGCCAUGAAGGUCCCCCUGGUCCAAUGGGCCCUAAAGGUGAUACUGGUGAGCCAGGAAUGCCAGGUCUUAAAGGAAUUCGCGGACCAACGGGUCUGGCUGGAUUUCCAGGAAACCCAGGCCUUCCAGGUAUUCCAGGACAAGAUGGCCCUCCUGGUCCACCUGGAAUUCCAGGGUGCAAUGGGACAAACGGUGAAAGAGGCUUUGAUGGAAUCCCUGGUUUACCAGGACUUCAAGGCCCACCGGGUAUAUCUGGAAUUCCUGGAAUGAAGGGUGACCCAGGAGAAAUCAUUGGUUUCAUUUCGCAUAAGGGUGAGAAGGGAUUUCCUGGAGUUCCGGGGAAUCAGGGCAUGAAAGGGUUACCAGGCCUAACAGGUCCAAUUGGCCCUCCAGGUCCAGUGGGACCCACAGGUUUGCCUGGUCCCCCUGGCCCCCCUGGUCCCCCUGGCGAGUUGAGUGACGUACUCUCUUUCCAAGGUGCAAAAGGUGAAAAGGGAGACCGCGGAGUACCAGGUCCUCCAGGCCAAUCAAUUAUCGAUGAACGGACUGGCCCCAAGGUUGUAUAUGAAAUAGGACCGAAGGGUGACACUGGCCCAAAAGGUGUAAAAGGGGAAAAAGGGUACUGUGUUCCACAUAUGAGUGGUGUUAAAGGUGAACCUGGAUCACCCGGCCCCAGAGGUAAACCAGGAAAAGAGGGAGAAAACGGGAGUAAAGGUGAUCAAGGAUAUCCAGGAUUCCCUGGACCUGGGGGAAUGAAGGGUGAGAAAGGUGAAAGAGGACCACCUGGAUUUGGACACGGAGAACCUGGACCUCCUGGGUUUCCUGGGAGAUCUGGUGAAAAAGGAGAACGAGGUUUUCCUGGUCCUCAAGGAGAUGCAGGUCCACCAGGCUUAAGUCUCCAAGGGCCCCCUGGUCCUCCAGGGUUUCCAGGGGAAUCUGGUCAGAAGGGUGAUCGAGGAUCUCCUGGAGAAUCACUUCCUGGUCAGAGAGGUCAAGAUGGAUUGCCAGGGCCCCCUGGUCCCCCAGGGCCUUUAGGGGUAGAAUGUAGUGUUUCAAUAGGCCCAUCUGGUCCCCCUGGACCAAGAGGAUUUCAAGGAGAGAUGGGCCAGAAAGGAGACAAAGGAGACACCUGUACCAACUGUAUAGCCUCUGGACCAUCUGGGCCUCCUGGACCUCAAGGCCCUGAUGGACAGCAAGGUUAUCCAGGGCAGCCAGGUAGGAAGGGGGAGAAAGGUUCAGCAGGAUUACCAGGUCUUCGAGGAUACCCCGGCGAUAAUGGUGCUCCAGGGCUGAUUGGAAAUCCUGGUGCGAAAGGCGAACCUGGUGAUGUUGCUUUUAGUCCUGACCUGAAGGGUGAGAAGGGUGAACGAGGUUUUGACGGUGUCCCUGGACUUCCUGGUAAAGACGGGUUGCCAGGAAGAGACGGCAUUCCUGGACCUCCUGGUCCUAAAGGACAACCUGCAACUGCAGGCGUCAAAGGAGAUAAAGGACGGGAUGGGGACCCUGGUUUCCCUGGCCCUCCAGGAGAAAGAGGGCCUCCUGGCAUACCAGGGUUCGGCCUCCCUGGUGAAACUGGGGAGAAGGGACUACAGGGUGUCCCUGGACUCCCGGGAUCUCCUGGCAUUCCAGGACCAAAGGGUGAUCCUGGUAAGGCAGAGGGUAUACCUGGACCCAGAGGUGUGCCUGGGUUUCCAGGGAUUCCAGGACUGGAAGGGCAGCCAGGUCCUCCUGGACCUCAGGGAGUGAAAGGACGUCCGGGCUUGAAGGGUGAGAAAGGCUACCCUGGUGUUCCAGGACUGGACAUGCCUGGGCCCCAGGGAGAACAAGGCUCUCCAGGUUUCCCUGGGCUGCCAGGAUCUGUGGGAUUACCUGGGACACCUGGACCUGCAGGGAGAGAAGGACUUCCUGGACCACAAGGCCCCAAGGGAGAAAUGGGAGUGAUGGGAAUCCCUGGAUUACCUGGAUCUGGAGGUUCUAAGGGUAGUCCAGGUAACCCAGGACUGAGAGGUGAUCCAGGGCUAAGUGGGCCCAGGGGAAUUGAUGGUGACCCAGGCUACAAAGGAGAUAAAGGGGAGCCAGGUAUACAGGGACCCGCAGGAAACAUGACUGAUGUGGAAAUGGAACAUCUAAAGGGUGAAAAGGGAGACCAGGGAGACCAAGGUCUCACUGGAAGCACAGGGCUGAAGGGGCACCAGGGGGAACCAGGCUCUCCAGGAAUGCCUGGGAAAGAUGGGGAGCCAGGCCUACCUGGCCAUCCAGGUCUCAAGGGUGACACAGGUGUCCCAGGUGAACCAGGGUCUGUUGGUACACCAGGACCUAAGGGCAGCAUGGGAGAAAUGGGCCUACCGGGUCCAUUUGGACCAAAGGGUAGUAAAGGGCUAGCUGGAACACCUGGGUACAAGGGUUUUCAAGGAGUAUCUGGGGAGAAGGGGGAGAAGGGGAGUGCGGGACCACCAGGCAUCGGAUUGCCAGGCUCGAAGGGAGAAAAGGGUGAGCAAGGUGUGGUUGGCUUGGAGGGAAUCAAAGGGGAAAAAGGACUGAAGGGCUCAGUAGGAGUUCCUGGAAUGCACGGAAAACCUGGGGAGAAAGGAGACUCUGGAGGUCAGGGGUAUCCAGGUAGUCCCGGUCCCCCAGGAGAGAAGGGCGUAGUGGGGUUACCUGGGAUUCCCGGAGACCCUGGACUACAGGGAAGGCCAGGUGAACCAGGACUUCAAGGACCUCCUGGUGCCCAAGGAGAGAGGGGUGAGGCUGGUAAUGAUGGUAUACCAGGAACACCUGGAGAGAGGGGUGACCCAGGCAUUCCAGGAAUAGGCACCCCAGGGGCACCAGGUACUGCUGGAAGUAAAGGGGAUGAAGGAAUCCCUGGAGAACCUGGUAUUCCUGGCACUCCUGGCAUUCCUGGCAUCAAAGGGGACAGGGGGCUGCCUGGUUUCCAGGGACUGCAGGGUCAGCCAGGAGAACGGGGUCUUCCCGGUCCAGCCAUGCAUGGGCCGAAGGGAGAGAGAGGACAACCGGGCGAUCCUGGACACACAGGUUCACCCGGAGCCCCAGGACCUCCUGGAAUCCCAGGAAAUGUUGGGGCCAAAGGAGAGAAAGGAUAUCCAGGCUUUAGUGGACCACCUGGACUACAGGGGGAAAAGGGAGACAAAGGAGAAUCUGGAAUUCCUGGAAACACUGGUCUUCCUGGAUUAAAUGGGCAAAAGGGAGAAAAGGGCAUCCAAGGAGUUCCUGGAUUUCAAGGAAUGAAGGGUGAAACGGGAAUAUUUGGAUUCAAAGGAGAAGCAGGCGACAGAGGUCUCCCAGGCAUCAAGGGUGCUGAUGGUCCCCCAGGACCUCCAGGUCCCUUCAUCUCUAUUAAAGGAGACAUUGGUUUUCCUGGCCCCCAGGGGCCAGUAGGGCCCCAGGGACUGCAGGGCUACCCAGGACCUAAAGGACAGCAAGGUGUGACUGGCCCACAAGGAGUGUCAGGGGAGGAGGGCAUACCUGGGUAUGAUGGCAGGCCUGGACAGAAAGGAGAGCCUGGACCUAUUGGCCCUGCAGGCCCAAGGGGAUAUCCCGGACCUCCAGGCCCAGAUGGCCUGCCUGGACUAGUGGGCCCUCCAGGGCAGUCGUCCAAAGCUCAUGGCUUUCUCAUCACAAGACACAGUCAGACAGUGGACGUGCCAUCGUGUCCAAAGGGGACAAUGCUAAUCUACGAUGGCUAUUCUUUGUUAUAUGUGCAAGGCAAUGAAAGGUCACAUGGGCAAGACUUAGGUACUGCCGGGAGCUGUCUCAGAAAGUUCAGUCCCAUGCCGUUUUUGUUCUGUAACAUCAAUAACGUUUGCAACUUUGCCUCAAGAAAUGAUUAUUCCUACUGGCUCACCUCACCUGAACCAAUGCCAAUGAGCAUGGCUCCUAUUACUGGUGAAAGUAUUAAGCCCUUCAUCAGCAGGUGUGCUGUUUGUGAGGCUCCAGCCAUGGUCAUUGCAGUCCACAGCCAGACAAUUCAGAUCCCACCCUGCCCCGGUGGAUGGGAAUCCCUGUGGAUUGGCUACUCCUUUGUGAUGCACACCAGUGCGGGUUCGGAGGGCUCUGGCCAGGCUUUGGCAUCCCCUGGCUCCUGCCUGGAGGAGUUCCGCAGUGCCCCCUUCAUUGAGUGCCAUGGCAGAGGGACCUGCAACUACUAUGCCAACUCUUACAGCUUUUGGCUGGCAACGAUAGACAAUGGGGAUAUGUUUAAGAAGCCUGUACCUGCCACACUGAAAGCAGGAGAAUUACGAACCCACAUCGGCCGAUGUCACGUCUGCUUGAAGAAGACAUAAUACAUAUUCUGUCUUUCUGUCACAAACGAUGGUGCUAUUUUGUAAGAAAACGUGAGUUCUAAAUCCAACAAGACACUUCUCCUGUCUGUUUCGAGUCCAUGAAUUGUGCAUUGUUGUGGGAGGACAAGCCAUGAAGCCCAUUCUGCCACACUGGCAGUUCACUCAUUAAGAAAGAACAUUGCUUUACCUAAUGGCACUUUGUUUAUUGCUGCACUGACUAUAUAUAUAAGCAAGUGACCAUUUAAAAGGAAUAUGUGUGAGUCAGGUGCUACCCAAUACUCAAAGCAUUCUUUGCUUUAUUGUAUAUUUACCUUUUGACAUAUGUAAUUAAAUUCUUUUAUGAUUGCAGAUACCACCUAACUCCAGCCUAUAGAUAUAAAUAAUUUUAUUUGAAAGAUGUACUAAUGUUAUAUAUGGGGUUGUCAGUGGUGAGAGAUGUUUGUAACUGAAAAAUCACAGUUUAAUACCAUUUAAGCUAAAAUUUUUAUACAGGUUUUUGAAAUCUUCUUUCAAAGUGUAACUAAAUAGAAUAAGGAGUUGACAGGCAUCAGUGUAAUUUUGGCUUUAUAAUGAUCAUAAAAAUGCAGAAGUUAAAAAAGCUACAUGAUACACCAGGGUACUUACAAUGUAAUUUAAAAAGUAUGUAUUGAAGAUAGAUCAACAUUAGCACACACUUUACUAUAAAAAACUGUAUUCUGAAACAGCCUGGGUAUUGCUAUAUGACAUUUAAACUAUUGGUUAACAUGGAAUAUCUGUCAAUAGAAUGCAUAAUGUGCUUUUAUUACUCAUAUCUCUGAUACUCUAACAGAGAUAUGAAUCAGCUUUUUAAAUUUCAGUGUUCUAUUGAGUUUUUUUGUAAACAAUAUUUGACUACUUGCCAUUCACUCCAUAACCUGUUAAUUAGUAAAUUAACUAUGAAAGUUAAUUUGAACAGUUCUUAUUAAAUCCUUGUUGGAUAUUUGCUUCUCAUUGGAUAAAGUAUGAAGUUCACUCAUUCAAAAUUAUUAUGCAGAAUAUGUUAUCUUAAAAAGUAAUGUGCUGCUUCAGUAAGAAACAAAAUCAAUCCAAAAACAUGGAGUGAUUUAUAGCCUGACCAGAUUAUUCAGUUACAAUAAAUGUCAACUUGUGCACCCCCAUUUUAUUUUGUGUUUCUUAUUUAAUUUUCAGGGUUUUAAUUGCUAAAUGAACCACAGACACAAACUUCUACACUGAAUUACUUGAGUAUUUACCUUCUAAUUCGUAUAUUAUACUACUGUGCUAUUUUGCUUUGUUGAUAUUAAGAGGUCAAGAUUAGAUACAACAUCGAUAGUAUAUUGAUAAAUUAGCAGUUGUUAGCCAAAAACAAAAGGUGUAUAUUUAAAUAAAGAGCCUUACAGGAAAAGUAAUGAAGUUGUGUUGCUACUUUUUUUUGCUUUAAACCAGUCUUAUGACUAUUUUAAAUGAGAUCCUUGAAAUGUCCUGAGCUAAAUGCUUUAAGAUAACGUUUGUAACACAUACUUUAAGGCUUUCGUGUGGCAACACUUGCAUACUUUAUUAGUUAUCCUGCAAGUGCAAAAUGAUUGUAUGUUGCUCUUUUGUGAUUCUAUUUUUUUAUGAACCUCAACAACAUUUUGUGUUUGUUUACAUGAUUUCUGAAUUAGUUAUUAAUAAAGGAACACACAAUAAUCUGUCCAGUUUCCAUCAAUAUAAGAAGAUACAUUAACUGUUCAGAACUAUUUAAGAAGCUAUGGGGCAUGGGACACUAUUGAGCACAACUCAUAACAUUUCCUCUGAAUAUUUGUUUGAACAGCAAGCCCAAAUUGCAAACAUUUUUUUUCUCCUUUUCAGCCACCUAAUACUCUAGCAAAAGACAAAUGGUAUACCAAAAGAACAUUUAUUUUAAUUCUCGGGUUAUUUUUCUCACCUGAAACAUACAUGUAACACAUACAAUAAAAAUAUUUGUAUAAAACCUUACCAUUAUGUUUGUACAUUUUUCACUGUUGUAGUAAGAGCAAUAAUUCUUUAAGCCACCAGAGGUCAUACUAUGUAUAAACUAUCUUUCUACUUAAAAAUCUUUCAGGUUCAUAUCUCACUGUGAGUAAUUUAUAAAAUUCGCUUUUUCACAUUUUUCGUAAUUACAAAUUUAAACAAUUUAACUUUGUGUCACAAACUUUGGCCUAUGGUGAACCUGUUAUGAAGCCAUGUACUUAUUUAUAUAAAAAGAAUCUAAAUGAUUGUUCUACUGUCAUAAGUAAGUGGACAUACUGUAUAUUAUGAUUACCAUUAUUAUAUCUAAUACUGUAUGUUAGAUGCAAUUGAUUACCAGUAUUAUACGAUUAUCAGUAUUAUAUAUAAUACUGUAUAUUAGAUGCAAUUCCCUGUAUUGCAUCUAAUAUGAUUUGGGAUGUUUAACCCCUAUGUAGCACAUACUGUAUAAGCCUUUUUAUAGCCCAUCAUUGUAAAGAAGUAAACCAAUUUACAAUGUAUGCAAAGAAUGGGUUCUUCAAUACUAUGUAUGCUCAUAUUUGUCUAUAGAAUCAGAAUAAACAGGUGUCAAUUUUGUUUAUUAGCUAUACAUUCCAGGGAUGUUUUCCGCUUGGUGGAUUGAGACCACAACAUUUUUUGGAUGGGAAAGCUGGGUUAUUCAUAAUUAACUUUUUGUCACUGAAAAUGUAAAGGAUGUUGUGGUUUGAUCAUGCCCUUUUCCCAUUUAGAAUUAGGUGUGCAGGAACCUAGUACCGACAAAAAAAAAUGACCAUCUGUUUGGCAAUGAGAUACUGGACGAUCCAAGUUCGCCGUAUGGUGCUGUGUUGUGUAAACAUGUGAUGGACCACGAUUGCAUGCCGUCGAGAGCGGAACUUCACCCAUGAUACUGGCAUGGUAGUCACAAUGUGUCAGACCACCCCUUUCUCCUUAUUUUAAGACAGUACAGUGAAAGUGAUCUGUAAAUCUGAUGACUGUGAAUAGCUUUUGCUGGCAUGGAUAGUGGUGACAACCUAAGCUUAUCAUUGGGAAAAGUUUAAUGUUUUAUACCAUUUUCUCAUUACUGUUUUUCAUAUAUAUAUAGGGGAUGUUCUGUCAGUGAAAUUCAUAAGAUCCGCUCUUAAUGUUAGUACAGUACAAGUCAACUUAAGAAAGAUAAAGAUGUUAUCAGGUGAAAGGUGUUUUGUCAGCUUUUUCACUUCAAUUUUGUGAGCCCGUAUCUUUAAACUACAAGAUGACUGUUGGUGGUCAUGACACUAUACAAGACCUUUAAGCUCCUUAUAAGCUCAGAAACUCAGCAUAGAAAAACAGAAUGAUAAAUAUUUAUGAGGAGCUGAACAGAGAAACAAAGAGUGAAAGGCUAUGAAAGUCUUGAUUAACAUGUGCAGUUCUGGUUCUUACUCUUUAAUUUACUUUUCCAUUUACUUUCUCCCUGUUCAUAACAGUAGUAUGUGUACUUACAUUAUAGGCUAAAAUUGUUGCCAGUGUUUGUGUAAUUGUUUGUUUCCAUUACUUUGGAUGAUAGAAUCUGCCACUGCAGUCCAUUAAUCUAUUAUUGAUUUAGCAAUUAGCUACUUUUGCCAUUUUUCCAUAUAAUUAAUCAGUUUUGCGAUAUGGUCUAUAAUUGUAAUUCAAGAAUACCAAUUUUGAUUGACAUUAGCACAAAUGAGAGGAGGCCAUUUGGUCCAACCCCUUUGGUAGAUAAUAGCUAAUUGAUCCAAAGGUCAUGUUCAUAACCAGCCAUUUCUUGAAACAAUCCUACAUGUAGGUAUUAGCUUCCACAACAUGGCUAGUUAGCUUGCUCAGUACUUCCCCAAACCCUUUGUGUCAAUAAAUACCACCUGUUUUAAAUUCACUUCCAAUAAACAUUUCCAAUGUU